GGGGGGGGAAAGUUAAUUGACUUACUUGCAGAGAGUUGAAGCUUUCCUUUGGCUCCCGCUGCACGUUGCACUGGAGACCUUCAGUCCACGCGAGGCUGUAGGAUGGAGCCAGAGCCCCCGCCCGAGCUCGCAGCAAUGCCCCUCGGGGAGAAUGGGAGUGUCCGCCUGCUGCCCGACACAGCCCUGCUGUCCCCGGGGAGAGGCACGGCCAUAUUCAUCAUCCGCUGUGUGAUCCCUUCUCUUUACCUGCUCAUCAUCACUGUCGGCUUGCUGGGCAACAUCACUCUCGUGAAGAUCUUCAUUUCCAGCAGCGCCAUGAGAAGUGUGCCCAACAUCUUCAUCUCCAGCCUCGCUGCUGGUGAUCUGCUCCUGCUAGUGACCUGUGUGCCUGUGGAUGCCUCCCGGUAUUUCUCUGAAGAGUGGCUCUUUGGAGAAGUAGGAUGCAAGCUCAUCCCUGUCAUCCAGCUGACCUCUGUUGGUGUCUCUGUCUUCACUCUCACGGCCCUCAGUGCUGACAGGUAUAAAGCAAUUGUAAAUCCCAUGGAUAUCCAGACCUCCAGUGCAGUGCUAUGGACCUGUCUCAAAGCCACUGCCAUCUGGGUAAUCUCCAUGCUCCUGGCAAUUCCUGAAGCAGUGUUCUCCGAACUGGCUCACAUCAAUGACACAGAUAAUGCCACUUUCACAGCAUGCAUACCAUACCCCAUGACAGAUGACAUGCAUCCGAAGAUCCACUCUGUGCUGCUUUUCCUUGUGUAUUUCCUUGUCCCUCUUGUAAUUAUCAGUAUCUACUACUAUCAUAUUGCAAAGAGUUUAAUAAAAAGUGCUCACAACAUCCCUGGGGAGCAGAGUGAACAUUCCAAAAGACAGAUGGAAACUCGGAAGCGUCUGGCAAAAAUUGUUUUAGUUUUUGUUGGCUUCUUUGCUAUCUGCUGGUUUCCUAACCAUGUGCUAUACAUGUACAGAUCUUUUAAUUAUGAUAAGAUUGAUCCAUCAAUGGGACAUAUGGUUGUUACCUUAGUGGCCCGAGUGCUAAGCUUCUGCAACUCUUGUGUCAACCCAUUUGCACUGUAUUUCCUCAGUGAGAGUUUUAGAAGACAUUUCAACAACCAGCUCCGCUGCAGGAAGAAAGCUCAGAAAGAGAGAUCUGCCAGCUACUUGUGCAACUCUUCUGCCAUUCAAAUGACUUCCCUGAAAAGCAAUACCAGGAACACAGUAACUACCAUGACACAACUGAAUGGGCACAACUUGAAACAAGAAAUGUCAUUAUGAUCAAAUGAGUGUGAUUUUUGACUCUGAAACAAAUCUGAACUUUUCCUUUGCAGCUUGUAAGUCACUUUUGGCUCUUGUUUUUAGACAGUCCUCAGAAGAGAGGCUCUGUUAAAUUCUGGCUAAUCUGAGGUUGUUUCACAUUGUCUGACUCUUAGAAGUGAAGAAUAUGUUUUAUUGUCAAAACUAAACUGACUGACAAUAUUGUACUUUAAAGGAGAUGCUGAUAUAUGUUUAACAUAAAGGAAAGCAGUGUAUCUGAUAAAAAGUAUUGCUUUAAAAAGUAUAAAUUUUCUGAUAUGAAAAGAUGUAUUUUUAACUGAAUAUUGAUCCAGGCUUAUGUUUUGCUUUAAUAGAUUUUGCAUGACUUUA